AUGAUCGAGGUAGAUUUAAUUCAGAAAAGAUACUUGCAAGAGAACAGUAUUCGUUUCAUAGCGGCGGCAGCUUUUGAAAAAGUUAAGGAAUUGAAAUAUUUAGAUCUGAGCUACAACGAGCUAUUUACCCUUGAGUCAGGUCUCUUUCACGGGCUAGAAAAACUUACUUAUUUAGAUUUAAGCCACAACAGGCUCGUAUUUCUAAAUAACGACUUUUUUAAAGGGUUGAGUAGUCUUCAGUACUUAUCGCUUAACAAUAACGGGAUUAAAGUAAUUCCUGAAAGUUUUUUUGAGGAAUUAAAGGAAUUGAAAGCUUUGUGGUUAUUUGAAAACGAGCUUACGGAGUUACGAGGAAAUUCUUUUAGGGGACUCGAAAAUCUAAGUUAUUUAUCAAUCGGCAGAAACAAGAUAUUUUCAAUUAGCGAAAGCGCCUUUAGAGGGCUACCACUAUUAGCCUUUUUGCGGCUGUCCAACAACCGUCUAAAUUCCGUUGACGCUAAUAUGUUUAAAGAUCUUGUUAACCUGCAAAUGUUAUUUUUGGGCUCUAACUCCAUCACACUUAUUGCAAAAAAUUCUUUUACGGAGCUUACAAAACUAACUUACUUAGAUUUAACUGAAAACUCAUUAGCGGUCAUCGAGCCCGAUGCAUUCAAAGAUGCCUUUCCUUAUACGAAUCUGUCAAUUACACCGCCUUCCCAACAGUUUCACUGCUGCUCUCGUCUUAUCUACCAAAACGUUAUCACCUUUACCAGCAAAUUAUGCUCAUAUAAUGGAGUUGCUGUGGACUACAGCAGCUUUCCUAGAAUUUUUUGUGAUCAUGAUAAUUUAUAGUUCGGUUAGAGGAGCUCCGUAUCUUUAAUAAAAAAUUUCCUUGCUUGCUUUUAGAUUGCAACUUACUGGCAACAGAUGAUGCCCAAUACGUGUCAUAAGCUAAUUGAUAAAAGCA